CAUGCCGUGCCAACCCUAAAUCAGAAAGCCAGAACCUUCUAGUUAUAGUCUCGUGAGGAAAAUAAGGGUAGCUUCUAAUCUAAAACCUGCACUAGACUGUGUAAUGCCGUGUACAAGAGAAUAUAGAGCAACCUAAUAUGGGCUGAGAAGACGAAGAUUGGAUUGAUGCUAACCUCGGAAUAGAAAACAUAGCUUGUAGAGCUAGAAUUCCUUAGAAACACCUUAAAUACAUACUUCAGCUCUGAUAUCUAGCUAGUUACCGUGAUGAUGUUAGCAAUAGUAGGCAGCGAUAGUGUGCGACGAAGGCUAGAAUAUGAGUAAACAAACCCCCUUUCCAUAAGCCCUAUUCCAACUAUGAUGCCUCUCAGGUACACGAGGACAUUGCUAAACUCUGAUGUAGACGCUACCAUAGCAACCAUGGCCAACCAUGGCAACUAUGACACUCAUCAAACCCUUCUCGACCCAAGAGACGAGCGUAGAUUCAGAACAAAUUUCUUUCUUGACAGAGGUUUCUUUCUAGACAGAAGCAACACCAAGCAUCUGCACCCAUGGAUAUAUCUAUGGUUACAGAGUAUCCUCGCAUGGACAUCUCUAUAGCUAUCAUCAUAUUGUACCUCGGGAUUCUCUACUUCCCCAGCCUACGACAUCUCGCCCUAAACAUGGCACUGACCAGGAGACGAGUGCUCCAGAUGCACGACGACUUCGCGCUGUGGUGGAAGGGCAUCUACGGCGAAGAGCCGGACCCGGAGCUUCCCGUUGCCCUGAAGCUGCCGCCCAACGUGAUCGCCCAGAUCGCAAGCCACCUCACGCCCGUCGACGUGGCGCUCUUCGCGCAGACGAGCCGCGGCGUGCGGGCCGCCCUGGGACCCGACGCAAACGCCUCCCGCCUCCCGCGCGACCAGUACUUCGCGUACCUGGCGACGCGGGUGCGGGGGUUGCCGAAGCGGUGGCUGUGCGAGGGGUGCAUGGAGCUGCACCGGACGUGCGAGAAGGACUGGCCGUCGGCGAGCUGGGACACGUUCUACUGCCCGCGGGGGUGGGCCGUCAGCGCGCUGACCAGCAACCCGACGGUGUGGGCGACGACGCCGCGGCGGAGCUGCCGCCCCAUGCGCAGGCACCACCGCCACGUGCAGCUCGCGCUCAAGUACACGCGCCUGCGCCUGCCCGAGUACCGCGACUACCUCGGCCACCUGAUGGCGCCCCACAGCGACAUCCAAGUCGACAACACGGGCAUCUGCGGAACGCACUACAUGUCGGAGUCGAAGAUCGUCGCCGUGGGCGGCGCUGAUGAUGACGACAACAGCAACACCAAUAACACCAACAACAGCCUCCGCUACCUCGUCCACGCCAGCUGGCGCUACCACAUCCGCGACCGCGGCCCGCUGCCGCUCUCCCAACUGCGCCACCACAUGAUCUGCCCGCACCUCGAGAUGAACCACCACAGCGCCGCGCCCUGGUUCCGGGCCUCCCCCUUCGCGCACGACGCAUGCGAAGUCUUCUCCCUCGCCGUCGAAGCCUCGCUGUCCACCCCCUCCCCCUGCGAAGACACCCUCCCCCUGCAAGAGAAGAAACAGCGCGAGCUAGGCCAGUGGCCGCAGGCGGAGGAGCACAGGGGCGCGUGCCCGCGGUGCGCGACGGACUUCUCCGUGCAGCGCUUCGCGGACUACUCCUUUGUAGGGUCGCCGCACUUCCUGCGCAUACAGUCGUGGCAGGACCUCGGGCCCGAGGGCUCGCCGACGGACCUCGUGUGGAGGGCGCAGGCGCACGGGCGCAGCCUCGCGGGCGUCGAGAACUGGCGCCUCUCGGGCCCCGUGUACUAUCAUGAGCCGGGGAGCGUGAGGAGGUGGUUUGAGGAGAGGCCUGAUGUUACGUUUUAG